AUGCAGUCACCGCAGCUGGCUCCAGACUCGCCGCUACUGGCCUUAGCCCCAGAGAUACUGCAAGCCAUACUCUGCCAUCUUGACGGAGUCUCGAUCGCCUCCUUCUCACUGACGGCCCAGUACGCUCAUCAGGCAGUCUUCAAGGGCAACCAGCAGCUCUGGCGAGCAGUCUUCCUGCACGACUUUGAUGACCCUUGGGAUGCCUUUGAGCUUCUCCUGCCCACUGCGAGGGAGGCCGUCAAAGCGAGAGAGGAAGCGUGGGACUGGCAGUAUGAAGCCCUCCGACGGUUCAGGGCGAGAGCGAGGAUAAAGGAAGUAGCGGCAGCUUGUGCGAAAGGUGUCAGCCCGGCUACUGCUGCUGCUGCCGAAGCCGCUGCUGCCGCUGCGCCUUCUGUACCAGUACCGAUCAUAUUACCUGCGCACCAUGCGGCUCUCUCUGAAGCUGCCAUAGUGGAGCACACAUUGGCCUCAGCCCCCACAGAACCGUCUACCGACUCAGCAGACUCGGACUUCUCUGCAGACUCGCAGGUCUCCAACGACUCGACCGUCUCGGUCAACAUUGAGGAAGAUCUGGACAUGGAUGGAGAAUACGCUUCCAGAGAGCUGCCACUCUCGCUAGAUCGGCACGACAAGGCUGUCAUCGAAACGGUCAUGAAGGGUGUCGACGAUCUGGAGGAGACUAUCGAGACUCUCUUAGACAUCUUCGAUACCUGCAGGCCGUAUCAUCCUGCAACACACAUCGAUCUCACUCUCAAGCGACCAAAGGGGGAAGGACCGCCCAAGAAUUUGACAUACCUCUAUAGCUUGUUCCAGGGCAAGCAGAUUGCUCAGCUAUUCUACAUACACGACUAUUCGAGCCCUUCUGCACCCAUCACUGCCUUUGCCGCCACACAGCCAGGACCGUGGCUCAGAUCAUCUGGCAGACGUGCCAAGCAUCUCGUCUCCCUGGCCAGCUCACGUCUGCAUCUCUUGCAUGGCCUCACAGCUCGCGAGCGCACGUCACGCUCAGCAAGGGGCAAAGCCAAGCAACUGGUCUAUUGCCUCGAGAAGUACGGUUGGGACAACGAAUUCGGUCCAUACCGUUCCGACCGAUCAGGCUGUGUCGAUUGGAACCAGCUCGAGGCGAUUGCCAGCGUCAUCGGACGUAAUUUCGACCUCGUCGCGGAGAACGAGCAAGCCACGCCCAAGGGAUUCAUUGCAUGCGGUCCCUACACCGUGCCGCCCAAUCUACUCGCACCGCAAGACUGGGCAGGCAUCGAAGGACUCUGGUAUGGCGCCUUUUCCUAUCUCGACUACGCUGACCUGCUGUUCUACAACGUCGGUCAUCGACCCGAAGCUCGUCCAUCGCUCACACAUGUCGACGAAGCUGUCGGCGGUGUCAUGACGAUGAACUUGCGUCUGGAUGACUCCAUCAGAGGCGACUCGCUCUUGCGGACUGAUCUACCGAUCUGUAAGGAUCUGCCCGUGCUCUACUUUUCCGGCGUCUCUGGCGGCCAUGGAGCUUAUCGACCACAAACACGCGUCAAGGGUCGAGUGAGCCUCAUGCCGGGCGCUCGGGAAGUACGCUGGCGAUGGAUCGUCAACUAUGGCGGGAGUGAUCGUUGGCAGCUUGAUGGGGUUCAGCCAGGUGGCAUACGCUCUGCCGCUGUCUUUGGUACAUGGAGCGAUUGCGAUCACGAUGACGCUUCGCCUGUCGGUCCUUUCGUCUACUGGCAUAGCUCGAUGUGCCAGCCAUUUAACCGCGCUUCAUGA